CGUAUUCAAACCCACAGAUAUCCCUGUUGGCUACUUAUUUGAACCAACAGAUGAAGAAAUAAUCCUCUGCUACCUCAACAAAAAGAUCGCAGAACCCAAUUUCCGAGUCUUUUAUAUACAAGAAGUUGAUCUUUACGAAUUCCAUCCUAGAGAAAUCAUCAAAGGAUGCACAACCAAGGACCAUUAUUUUUUCACUCAGAGAAAGAGGAUGCAUCAAGGAGGCUCAAGGGCAAGUCGACAAACUAAAGAUGGAUCAACUUGGAAGGCUACUAGUAAAGUACAAACUAUUAUGGAUUCCACCAAAUCUUAUGAAAUUGGUUCUAAGACUACUCUCACCUACGUGGAGAAGAAAUCAGGAGGAGGAACAAAGGAUCAAACCAAAACCAACAGCUGGAUCAUGCAUGAGUUUCAAACAGCUCAGGAAACAGCUAAUACUGGCAUGAAGCUGCAUGACUGGGUUAUUUGUAGAAUACACGAGAAGAAGAAGAAGAAGAAGGAGAAAGAUAACGAUGACGAAGAGGAUGAUGAAGGUCUUAGUAUGGAAGAAGAAGAUGAGUACGAAAACUUAUUCGAAAAUUAUCUGUCGAUGGAUGUUGAAGAAGAUUGUGAAGUAGGAGAAAUGCAAGUAGGCAUCGAUCAUGCUCAAGGGAUUGACAAUUCUAUGGAUGGGGACUUUGACAAAUUCUUGGAAACUUAUGUGUCCUUUGAUGUUGAAGAAGAGGGUGAAGUUAUGAACAGUUCUGUGGAAGGAUGUAUAAGGGAGAAGAGAGAAAAUGAAGUUGAUGAAGGGAAGGAGAUGGAAGAAGACUUGAAUCAAGUUGUCAUGAGUGAUUUUACAGAUGGUGGUGGUCCUUUGCUUUACAAUUCCAUGGAUGGACUGCAAAAAGAAGAGAACAAUUCUAUGGAAAGUGAUGAAGAAUACGCAAAAUUAUUAGAAAAUAUUUUGUCCACAGAUGUUGAAGAAGAAUAUUGUGAAGUAGGAGGGGAAAAGAAAGAGAAAGAGAAGGAAAAGUUGCAUCUAGAUGUGGGUGAUAUAAUGGAUGGUGACUUGUCUAAUAGGUUCCUGCUGAAAGAGAAUACUAAUCUCCCCUCAACUUCCCAGCAGAUUCCAUAUCAUCAUAAUUAUUCCCACCAUCACUUCCCAGCAGCAAGCUUCAACCACAGCAAUACCUUUACUUAUGGUACUGAUGAUAUGAGCUUCAAUAUCAUGAUGCAUCCUCACUCUUUCACAAAUGGAUAUACUUCACUCAGUGAUCAUACAGAUUUAACACCCUUGCCCAACUCUUUCACAAAUGGAGGAUAUUCUUCAAGUCAUACAGAGUUGCUACCCUUACCUGACUCUUUCAGGUGGUUUUGUUGAUGAUUUGAUGUGUUAAACUACUUUCCUCAAACAUUCUUUUGUAUCAGGAUAUUUGUUUCAUUUUUUGUAUGAUUGA